UAUAAUUUCCUAAGAUUAUUGGCUGUGUUCAACAGAAAAAAACAGUUUUGUAAAAUGCUUUUGUAAAGUUCUUCUAUGUUCUUCUAAGUUUCUUCUAAAUAUGAGUGAUUUAUACAUUUAGAUCCAUGAGGAACUAAGAGCAAAAACCAAUUAUAUCAAAAAUUUUGACAGUUGCAAAUUUGCUUUCUUUGCUGAACGCAGCCAUUGCUUUAGAAUAAAUAAAAGAUUUGUUCUUUUGGCUGAACUGGUUGUACUAGUUUACAGUUUAUUUUUCUUUCAUUAUACUGGAAGAAGAAAGAUAAACUCUGAACUAGUGCAACUAAUUUAGCUAAAAAGAAUAGAUCUAAAUAACUAUUUUUCUCAACAAAUAUUAAAAAAAUAAGUAUUAAAAAAUGUUUUUAAAAUUUUGAAUAUGUAUGAAAGUAUUAGAAAAGUAAAAAGAAGUUCUUCAAAUUAAUUGUGAGUAAUUCACAUUAAUUUGGAAUUAUGGCAGAUCGUUUGACACAAUUACAAGACACCAUAAAUCAGCAAGCAGAACAUUUCUGUAACAGUGUUGGUAUUCUACAACAGUAUUCUACACCUAGUAAAUUUCCUGGUUUUGAUCGCAUUGGUACUCCACAGCCGCAUCAAUCUCAAGAAGAUUAUGCUGCUUUAUUUGCCAAUCUCAUUGCAAGAUGUGCUAAAGAUAUAGAUACAUUAAUAGAGAGCUUGCCAAGUGAAGAGUCAUCACAAGAGCUGCAAGUUGCCAGUCUCAGUCGACUCGAACAGGAGAAUCAACAGGCUGGUGAACAACUGGAAGAGGUGGUGAAACAAGGUGAAACGCUCCUCCAACGAAUUCAAGUGGCUCUACAAGAUAUUGCACAGAGUCAAUUAGAUAUGCAAAAUCCUAUAUCGACAACUGUGAUCAAUAUGAAUCUUGGUAAUUCUAAUAUAAAACAAGAGAAUUUGAGUUCUAUAAAUGCUGUGCCUUCUAAUAAUACACAUCAACUAUCGGAUCCUUCAUCUAAUUCAUUGAAUCAAUGACGUAUUUACGAUUUAUUAUAAUUAUAUAAUAAGGAUGUAAUUUUUGUAACUUAUAGAAAGUUAAAUUGAUAU